GCAGUAGCGGUAGCAGCAGUUGCCAACAAGCGAAGCAGCAGCAGCAACAACUUCCAACACAGCUGCAGGCUCAUCAGAUGUCACAACUGCAUCCGAUGAAUGAGAUGAAAAUAAGACCCGGCAUGGGCGUUAAACCGGGAGUCUUUCAGCAGCACCAUUCAGUAACAGGGCAACGGCCAGCUUAUCCUUGCCAACAGCUGAAACUGGGAUCUUCAUUUCCCAUCUUCUCCCCUCAGCUUCUGCAGGCUGUGUCCCCUCAGAUUCCACAGCAUUCUUCCCCACAGAUCGAUCAGCAGGAUCUGCUAACAUCUGUUACUAAAACUGGGACUCCUUUACAGUCUGCAAGUUCGCCUUUUGUAGUCCCAUCUCCUUCGACUCCUCUGGCUCCAUCCCCUAUGCGCGCUGAUUCAGAGAACUAGAAGCCUGCUUCUGGUAUAUCUUCUUGUAAAGAUUGAAUCUGAUGCAGGCGUGCAAUCUUGUGGAGGCGAACCAUGUCCUUAAGGAAGAGAUCAGGGAAAUAAACCAACAGCUUAUAGACAUAAUCGUCGAUAUUAGUGAUGAGGACGUCGAUCCAACUGCUGCAGCUGCUGUGGCAGAAGGGGGUGAGGGAGUUGUGGUUAGAUGCUCUUUCAAUGCUGUGUCUCUCAGCCCGGGCUUGAAGUCAUAGUACGGUCUGCACAACUGUCACCGAUUCAACCCUUGCGGCUGCUUGUUCCGUCAAAUUACCUGAACUGCUCUCCAGUACUCCUUGACAAGUUUCCUGUUGAAGUAAGGACUUGGGGGGAAAAAUGUUAUUUUUACAGCAAAGAGUAUGAAGAUCUCUCAGCGAAGGCAAAGUCCAGGUUUAGCAUCUCCCUCCGCAGGCUCUCACAGCUCAUGUCCCUCAAGGACAUAGCAAGGACAUGGGACAAUUGUUCCCGAGCUGUCAUUCUCGAGUAUGCAGAGCAGAGCGGUGGAGGCAGCUUCAGCUCCAAGUACGGGACGUGGGAGAAUAUCCAAACUGCCACCUAAUUAUCCUCCUUCAUCUUGCAAAGGGAGCAUUCCCGCGGGGUGUGCACCAGAAUGUUGAAAAUUGCUCAUGUUGUGAGCCUGGUGGGCGUGGGGUUUUCCGGAUGGAUUCUUUUUCGUGUGAGGAGGUAUAGAAAGUCUUGUAGAUGUAUAUCUUGAACAGUAUUAAGGUAUGAAAUCCGGCUACAUUUUCCCGGCUCUGUGUACUUUUGGUUGGCCUUUAUUGUACAUUCAUUGGGGGACAGUUUUCUGCUUCUAUUUAUGCUUUAUAUUAAACAUAGAUGAUUUGCCCAUCCUCGACCACUUCCAUAGGCUCUUCUUGUCGAGGAAUUUGACCUGGUCCUGAGACCAAGGUUUGCCAUAAGGACAGCCACCGUGGGUUGAGGAACUCCCAGCCUCACCGGCGCUGCUGGUGCACUCUCCCCAAGAGCAGUGAACUGCCGCGAAGGUCAGCAUUUACACCCAUAACUCGCAGUUGGGCAACAUCUUCAGGCGGAAGGCUUGAAGGUACGCCAUAUAAUCGGACAGGGUCUUGCUGAUUGUAAGACAUGGGUGGUUGCUCUUUCUGAGACUGGACAUGCAGUAGAAGCAAAGGUUUGGCGAGGUUCCAGGCAAAGAGACUACGGUCGAAAUCCGCUCCUCCGGUGAAACAUUGCCUCAACCGGGCUCUCGUCCUUGAGCUGCUCGAAUAUGAACCUGUGAGUUAACAUCUGCAGAACUUGUAGACGAUGAAGUAUACGACCGGUGUGCUUAUGGAGAUAGCAAGUAGCUCAGACGGAGAAUGAUUCAUCGCUUAGUUUAGAUGAUGGUCGCCUUUGUGUACAGCACGAUGAACCCAAGCUCAACCUCCGCCGGCUCAAAGACUGAGUUCUUAAACACCAUGAUCUCGUGGAGGCGCUUUCAAGGUUGAUCUCCUUACCUCAGGCCGCUCCACCCUCAAGAAGUUCUUCUCGUCAAAUAUUCCAUUUAGCUUCGUGGAUUCGGGAAUUCAUAUCCCGUCUCCGUAAUUGAUCGUCCCGAGGAUGAGCAUGAGGAGGGACAGCAGCUGAAGUGCUCACCGCUCCUAGUCCCUGACGAGGAUGUGCAUGGAGGCUAGAUCUGCUAAAUGUUCCUGAGCUACACGUCUCCAACAGGGUCACUCGGCUCGCAACUGAAGUAAUGAAGGGAUAAAAAUUAUGUUUCUGUUUUCCUAAUGUUGCAGCAAUUACUCACUAAUUAUGUUUGAAUAGACUAAGCUUGUCGUUGGUGAAUGUUAAUUAUUUUCUGUUCAAUGGAUGAGAAGAAAGAAUUUAUAG